AUGCCUCCAAAACAAGAGCAAGUUUGGUACUUCGAUUCGUUGCUGCCAGUACAACCACGCGAAGGAUUGUUGGAUUGCUGUAAGAGGUGGAGCGAAAAGGAAAAGGAAGCCAAGCUUCGCUUCGUAUCUUCUCAAUUGAAGAAGAAGACGACGCAGAUUGGUUCUGCACUUCCACCAGACUUGCUUGAUUUGGAUGAGGAAGUUUUUUACUUGCGUGUUGAAAGAUCUGUUCGGGAGGGUCGCAAGCACGACGGGAAGGUCAUUGCAGAGGUCGAGCAGCAUCUGAAUAAGCACCAGUUUGGACGCCACCUUCCAGCAAAACAGGCGAAGAAGGCUAUGACAGAGCUGGGAAUUCCGGCGGAACACAUUCCAAGUGAUCGAGCUUUAGAUGGUGUCAGACACCGACAUUUGGAAGAGGGCAAAUCCUAUGACGGCAAGUUCGUUUCCACAUUUGCAGCUUUUUGCCAAAACCCACCCUCGCCUGUCGUGGUGCUUCACACGGAAGAGACACCUCUGGUUUCAGAAGAAACGGUUCGGGUCUUGUUCUACGAGCAAGAGAAUUUGGACGCCGUGAUUGCCUACCUUCGCACACAGGAUCGGUGUGUGCUCGUCAUGGAUGCCACAUUCAAGACCAAUGUGCAAGAUCUUGUGUUAGCUAGCCUCGGACUGGUCAUCUUGCACCAGGUUGGCGGAGUGGUGCGCAAUCGAUUCUGGCCGGUAGUUUGUGCUGUGUGUGACAAGGAAGACGAACCGUGUUAUGCCCUCUUAUGUCGAUCUUUCCAGAAGCUAUUGGAAGCUUCGGGUUUGGAUUGGCAGAAACUGGUGACGAAUGUGGUCAUGGAUGGUGCAGGCGGUGCCAUCAAUGCCACAAGUGCAUGCUUUCCAGACGCUACUUUGCACCGGGACUUAGAACACAUAAAGAAAGACGUCAAGCGCACCGGGAGCAAGAAGAAAGUUGACCCAGAGUUGACAUUGGAGAUAACGGAAAUCAUCCAGUUCAGCGCGAAAAUCGCACAUCCACUACAGUUCCAUGUCAUCUGGGAAGACACGUUGCGAAGGCUGCGUGACCCCGAAGAUUGGAAUCAGGAGAAAUUCGCGGAUUACUUGGAGAAGUGGGUCUUGCAGAAGAAAGGCUUGUGGUGGAGCGCAGAUUGGCAGAGUGGUCUCGGUCAAGUGUGCCCGGGUUACGGUAAUUAUGUGUCGAAUUCCCAAGAGCGGGCUUGGCGUUCGAUCAAAGGUCUUUUCAAGAAAGGCUUCCGACACCAGGAUGUCAGCCAAUUGGUGCGUGAAACAGCAGUGACCCUGCAGACUCUGGUGCGCGGAGGACAGUAUGCCAAAGCAUGCUUUCAAAUCGAGGAGCCUCCUGAGUCACUUGCGUACAGUGACGCAAACACCUUUCUCAAGUACGAGACUGCGGGCCGCAUCAGGGUGGACUGUCGGACGGUGGACAUUACUUCAGUCAUCGUUAUGCCAAAGUACAAACUGGAGUAUGCCAAGAACAAGAAAACGGACAUGGUGCAGCGGUUGGACUUGGCACUUUGUUCUUUGUAUGAAGAUGGUGAAGCUGCUUUUCGCACUGCUUUGGGAAACCCAAGGCAGUGGUCCUUUUCCAUGCAUAAAAAAUUGUUCUACAAGUACACUGUGAUGUAUGUGCUUAGCACGGGCCGUGUCGUGGAUGAACAUCCACAUUUUGUGCACAGUAGCUGCAGCGAGCAGGCUUUCUUUUACAAAUCCGUGUUAGGCGGCUUGAAUCUCCACCCCAUUGCAAGGGGCCCCAAGACUCUCAAAGCCAGGCGUCCACGGCGGGACAGGCGAACCGAGGAGUUUCGCAAAAAAAUGCGUAUACUCCUUCGCCUUGAUCCUACCACAGCUGACUCCCGCUUCGCGGCCCGCACAAAAGAUGUUCCACCUGCGCCUGCUUUAAGAGCAGAUCG